CGAGGUAAACAAAGGGGGCUUCAGAUGAACGGCAGCGACCCAGCCGAGGGUGAUAUCUACUGGAUGAUCUUGUCUCGACAAACGCGUCCGGACCAGAGGCUGACUGUGGGGAAAAGGCCACUCUGAAGCGAAUGAAGAAACUUCUAAUCUUUCACUUCACAUACAGAGGACUUCUAACGAGAGGAAAAAAGAGUAAAAGAAGAAAAUGGAGUAUAAAUUACGAAAGGCUGAACCCAGGGACGUGUCUGAUAUACUACGACUGGUGAAGGAGCUCGCCAAAUACGAAGAGAUGGAGCACCAGGUGACACUGACUGAAAAAGAACUCCUUGAGGAUGGAUUUGGUGACACCCCGUUUUACCAUUGCAUCAUCGCUGAAAUCCAAGGAGAGACCAGCAGUGACGAUCCAAAGGUGGUCGGGUUUGUCAUGUACUACUUCACUUAUGACCCCUGGGUCGGCAAACAGCUCUACCUGGAGGAGUUCUACGUGAUGGAUCAGUACAGAGGACUGGGCAUCGGCUCGGAGCUCCUGCGCCACAUCAGUGACCUGGCGAUGAAGACGCGCUGCACCGGCAUGAUGUUCGUGGUGGCGGAGAACAACGAGCCGUCCGUCCAGUUCUACAAGCGGCGCGGCGCCGAGGACCUCUCUCAGGAGGAGGGCUGGAGGCUCUUCAGGUUCGACAAGAACAGCCUGGUCAAGAUGGGCACCCCGUCCGAGGAGUGAAGGCGGUCCGGCUCGCACCAGGAGGGGCGGGAGACCCGGGAGUCCGAGCUGAGGUCGGAGGGCGUGGCUGCUGUUCCUGACGAGUCAUGUAAUUGAAUCUGAUUUUUGGCGCCACUGUAGCUCUCGUGGGUGAGAGGACGCGGUGGCGGCGUCGCAGCAGCCCGCUCGGGACUCGGUCGGCCUCUCGGUCUUCUCUCCGGUCAGACGAAGACGUUCGGCUUUUCAAAAAGGGGAAAUUGUGUAUCGCGGUAAUCUGUUUCUGCACGUAGUUAAAACGUUAUAAGCUU